UAUCUCUUUUUAGAUGAGAAAGAGGAAAAUGGAAGGAAAGAAAAUUGCUUGCGCUAUUUGAGAAAACAAGGGAUUAUUUUUUCGUUCCAUUCAAUUUCCGCUAGGGUUUCCAAAAUUUCCCAACAAUCAAUUUUCCUGCAAAGUUUUCUUCUUUUUGCGAUUUUGUGGUGUGGGUGUUGAACAAUAAUCGAUUUUGCUGCUUCUGGGAAGGAGUUUAUAGAGAGAGAGAGAGAGAGAGAGAGAGAGAGGGGAAAGGGGAAAGGGGGGAAAAUUGUGAUGGCUGGUUCUUCUUCUUCAGCUACUGUCGCAGUAGAGAAGGCGACCAGCGAUCUUCUUAUGGGUCCUGAUUGGACCAUGAACAUCGAAAUUUGCGAUUCUAUCAAUUCUAAUCAUUGGCAGCCAAAAGAUGUGGUAAAAGCUGUGAAGAAGAGAUUACAACAUAAGAGCUCUAAAGUUCAAUUACUAGCUCUCACGCUUCUGGAGACAAUGGUGAAGAAUUGUGGUGAACGUGUGCACUUUCAAAUUGCUGAAAGGAACAUAUUGGGGGAGAUGAUCAAAAUCGUAAGGAAAAAGGCAGACAUGCACGUAAGGGAUAAAAUUUUACUACUGCUGGACUCAUGGCAAGAGGCUUUCGGAGGGCCUGGUGGAAAAUGUCCUCAGUACUAUUGGGCAUAUGAGGAAUUAAAGCGAUCUGGAGUUGUUUUUCCAAAGCGUACACCAGAUGCAGCUCCGAUAUUUACUCCUCCUCCUACCCAUCUAACUGCAAGGCAUAUGCAACCUGGAUACGGAAUGCCUAGCAGUUCAUCAAAAACACUUGAUGAAACAAUGGCAACAGAGAUAGAAAGUUUAAGUUUCUCGAGCUUGGAAUCUAUGCAGCAAGUGUUGGACCUUUUGAGUGAUAUGCUACAGGCUGUGAAUCCUAAUGACCGUGAGGCUGUCAAGGAUGAAGUCAUUAUUGAUCUUGUUGAUCGCUGUCGGACCAACCAGAAAAAAUUGAUGCAGAUGCUAACAACAACUGGUGAUGAGGAGCUUCUUGGGCGAGGCCUUGAGUUGAAUGAUACUAUCCAAAGUUUCCUUGCAAGGCAUGAUGCAAUUGUAUCCGGUACUCCUUUUCCAUUUCAAGGUGCAAGUUCCAGUACUCUGUCUUCUGAAGUUGACUAUAGUGCCAAUCAAACUCAAGUGAAGAGCUCCAGCCCUGUAGAGUCUGUUUCAACACCUAAUUCUAAAGCUAGCUCUUCAGCCCUAGUCAUUGCUGAUACAAGGGGCCUGAGUGAUGAAGAGGACGAAGAUGAAUUUGCACAGCUAGCUCGAAGGCAUUCCAAGAUGCAGUCAGUGACUUCUAAAGAUGCUACCGGUGGCUCUAGUGACAAUUUAGCCCCAAUGAACACUAGCAACGCAACCCCUCAUGUGGCGGAGCCCUCAACCUCUGUUCCCUCGAAUGCAUUAGCUCUUCCCGACCCACCUGCACCAGUUAGUACUUCAAAAGAUCAGGACAUUAUUGACUUACUGAGUCUCACUUUGUCCCUGGCACCGUCUUCUCCGCAGCAGACAACUUACACGCCAUCAGCCUCUAGCCAAGGCAUGCAUCAGAUACCUGCUCCAUCCGGAACCGGAACAGAAGGUUAUUCUUAUGCUCCCCAAACAUAUCCUGGAAGUUUGCCAUUCGACAGUUACGUUGUCCCAUGGGCCCAACCCCAACCUCAAUCUCAAUCCCAACCCGCAACCCCACCCUCACAUCAACAUUUGCAUACACCUUUUGAAUCUGAACAAGCUUUGCAUCAUCAACAAACCCAACCGUCACAGUCUCAGCACCAGUCACAGCUAUUACAAUCACAGCACCAACCACAAUCCCCUCAAGCAUUGCAACCACAGCCUCAUUCACAAUUUCAGAAUCAGCAUAUUCAGUAUAACCCUCCUCAACAAAUGCAACUUCAUAAUGAACCCCAACCAUUGCAGUAUCAGCCCCAGCCACAUUUACAGCAUCAGCCUCAACAUCAUCCGCAUUUUCAGCCUCACCCCCAACCACAGCUACAGUCUCAGCCCCAACCCCAACACAUUCAGCAAUCUCAACCACAACCUCAGUCCCAACCCCAACACAUUCAGCAACCUCAACCACAACCUCAGCUCCAACACAUUCAGCAAUCUCAACCACAACCGCAAUUUCAGAAUCAACAUUUUCAGUACCCUGGAACAUAUCCUCCCCCACCAUGGGCUGCUACUCCCGGAUAUCCCAAUUAUCAAAACCACUUAUCUUCAACAAAUGCGUUGUCAACUCCUCAAGCCAACACACCUUACACAUCUGCUGUUAGAGGAGAUCCUGUGGCGAGUUCUGGACAGAGUAACCCUCCCAAUGCAACCGGACAAAGGCCCUUUGUUCCGUCUUACCGGUUAUUUGAAGAUUUGAAUGUUUUUGGAAACACUGAUGGAAGGGCAAAGGUGACUGGAAGUGGCACAUCAUCUUCCAGCAUGUCAGGGACAAUGGGACCUGGUAUGGUCGGGGGAAGAAAGUGAAGUUUCAUUCAUAUGCAUGUAAAAAGUGAUGUUGAUAUGGUUGUAUAUCAGUAUUGUUAGCUUCUUCAGAUUUGCAGGUUAUGUAAGUUCUUAGAUUGAUACAAAUAACACCUUCCUACUUUUGAGUAGGUCAUAAAGUCCGUUAGUUGAGUGUUACCUCAGACUACAGACUUGGAACAUUCUUUGGUAUAAGAUUUUAAUUUCUGGUUGUGGUUCUCA